AUGUCAGACAUUCGUCAAAUUGAACAAAAUUGGCGCGAGGGUCAUCAUCGCCUUGAACGAAUUAAUUGUGGAUCAGAAAAUAGUAAAGGUGUCUAUUGUCUUCAAUAUGAUGAUGAAAAGAUUGUCUCUGGGCUGCGUGAUAAUACAAUAAAGAUUUGGAAUCGUCCUGCUCUUCAAUGUGUUGCUACUCUCACUGGUCACACUGGCUCUGUGCUUUGUUUACAAUAUGACAACCAAAUUAUUGCUAGUGGAAGUAGUGAUGCAACUGUUCGAAUCUGGGAUGUGAGGACUGGUGCUCAAUUAAAUACACUCAUUCAUCAUUGUGAGGCUGUUCUUCACUUACGAUUCCAAGAUGGAGUUUUGGUUACUUGUUCUAAAGACCGUUCUAUCGCCGUUUGGGAUAUGGCAUCCCCUACAGAAAUAAACAUUCGGCGUGUGCUUGUAGGACACCGCGCUGCUGUUAAUGUUGUAGAUUUUGAUCAACGCUAUAUUGUUUCUGCUAGUGGUGAUCGCACAAUUAAGGUUUGGAAUGCCGGUACUUGCGAAUUUUUGCGAACUCUUAAUGGUCAUAAGCGCGGUAUAGCUUGUUUGCAGUACAGAGAUCGGUUAAUCGUUUCUGGUUCAAGCGACUUUUCUAUACGUCUUUGGGACAUUGAAUGUGGCAAUUGUCUGCGUGUGCUAGAAGGUCACGAAGAGCUUGUUAGAUGCAUUCGAUUUGAUUCCAAACGCAUUGUUUCGGGUGCUUAUGACGGAAAAAUUAAAAUAUGGGAUUUACAAGCUGCUCUCGAUCCGCGAACACCGCCUAAUAGUUUAUGUCUAAAAACUUUGUCAGAGCAUACAGGAAGAGUUUUUAGACUACAAUUUGAUGAAUUCCAAAUUAUAAGUUCUUCUCACGACGACACAAUUUUGAUUUGGGAUUUUUUAAAUGUUGCAAAUAACAGAGCAAUUGCUGCUGGGCCAGGUGGCGGAGGAUUGGCGGCAGCAGCUGUUGUUGGUGCCGUUGGGGCAAUUCAGCAACAAAAUCUACAGCUUGCACAAAUGAAUGGAAUUUGA